AAAAAAAAAGAAAAACCAGAACGUUCUUUUCUUCUACUCUUCUGCUGUACUAGAAUGUACACCAUUUUUUUUAUUCUUUCCCUGAAAAACCAGCUGCAAUUUUGCGUUUUAUUUCUAUUUUUAUUUCUUGUGUCCUGAUACCUACAUCGGAUCGAUUGAGAAACACACCCAAUCGCUUUGGCGAAAAAACGAUACACAACACUCCUCUCUACUUUCAAAAAAAACAAAAACGAUACACAACACUCUCCUCUCUAUUUUGGUGAAAACCCUAAUUUCAUAGAUCUGUUUUCUCUACAAUCGCCUCUCUUCCGCUUCUAGAUCUCGUCUCAAGUAUGCUCCCUCAGAAACUCGCUACCAUGGCUACCAAGCUCCCGCUUGAAUCCAGCAACAACGCAAAUGUCGCGAAACCUCGAGCCGCCGCCGCCGCCGGGAAGACGAUCGAGGAAAAUUAUCAGACUAAAUCGCAGCGGGAAGAGAUCCUUCUACGUCCUGAUACCUACAUCGGAUCGAUUGAGAAACACACCCAAUCGCUUUGGGUGUAUGAGAACGACGAGAUGAAUUAUCGUCCUGUUACCUACGCUCCUGGUUUGUAUAAGAUCUUUGAUGAGAUUCUCGUGAACGCCGCUGAUAACAUACAGAGAGGUCCGUCGAUGGAUUCUGUGGAAGUUGUGAUAAAUGUUGAGGAGAAUCUGAUUAGUGUUUGCGUUUGUAACACUGGAGAUAGAGUUCCUGUGGAGGAGAUUCAUCAGGAGGAAGAAGGAGAUAUCGAUGUGUCUGACAUGAUUUUUGGUCGUUUGUUGACGAGUAGUAACUACGAUGAUAAUGGUUAUGGUCUUAAGCUUACUAGUAUCUUCUCUACUAAGUUCGUCAUAGAGACUGCUGACGGGAAGAGACUCAAGAAGUAUGAGCAGGUCUUUGAGAACAACAUGGGGAAGAAGUCAGAACUAGUUAUAACCAAUUGCAAGCAGAGUGAGAACUGGACGAAGGUUACCUUCAAACCAGAUUUGACGAAGUUUAACAUGACUGAGUUGGAGAGCGAUGUGGUUGCUUUAAUGAAUAAACGAGUGUUUGAUAUUGCUGGAUGUUUGGGGAAGUCUGUCAAAGUUGAGCUGAAUGGCAAACCAAUACCAGUCAAUUCCUUCACUGACUAUGUGGAUUUGUACCUAAAUGCGGCUAACAAAUCAAGGACUGAGCCUCUCCCAAGGAUGACUGAGAAAGUUAAUGACAGAUGGGAAAUAUGUGUUAGCUUAAGUGAUGGACAGUUUCAGCAGGUCAGCUUCGUCAACUCUAUACCCACGAUCAAGGGUGGUACUCAUGUUGAUUAUGUGACGAGUCAGAUCACAAACUAUAUUGUGGGUAUUGUAAACAAAAAGAGUAAAACCGCUAACGUUAAGAGCCAUAAUGUGAAGAACCAUCUGUGGGUGUUUGUCAAUGCACUUAUUGACAACCCUGCUUUUGAUUCCCAAACAAAAGAAACUCUGACUCUUCGACUGAGCAGUUUCAAAUCAGAAUGUAAGCUUUCAAAAGAUAUUCUGAAGAACGUGGAGAAUCUGCUUUCAUGGGCCGAUAUCAAGCAGAGCGAAGACCUAAAGAAAAGUGGGUUAAAGUUGAGCCAAAAGAAAAGUGGAGCCAAAAGAAAGAGGGUUAAAGUUGAGAAGUUACUUGAUGCACAGGAAGCUGGAGGGGAGAACUCUAUGGACUGUACGUUGAUUUUGACCGAAGGUGAUUCAGCCAAAAGUCUAGCUGUCGUGGGUCUAUCUGUUGUGAGUCAAAAAUAUUAUGGUGUGUUUCCGCUUGGAGGAAAGCUAUUGAAUGUUAGGAAAGCCGACAUGAGUAAGAUUGGAAGGAAUAAGGAAAUUGAGAACUUAAAAACAAUUCUCGGGCUAGAGGAAAAUAUGAAGUACGAGAAUGUUAACUCAUUGAGAUAUGGCCAUAUCAGGAUUAUGACUGAUCAAGAUCAUGAUGGUUCCCAUAUAAAGGGCCUCAUAAUAAACUUUUUCUACUAUUACUGGCCAUGGUUACUCAAAGUUCCAUCAUUCAUAGGUGAGAUUAGAACACCCAUUGUGAAGGCUACUAACAUCGAGACUAAAAAAGUUUUGUCAUUUUACUCAAUCCCUGAGUUGGAAGACUGGCAAAAAAGACCCGGUAAUGCAACCGGAUGGACUACCAAAUACUACAAGGGGUUGGGUAGAAGCAAUGAUAAUGAGGGGAAAGAGUACUUUCGUAAUCUUAGUCUUCACGAAAAGGUUUUUGUUUGGGAGGAUGAACAAGAUGGAGAAGCCAUUGAACUUGCUUUCAGUAAGGAGACUGAAGCCCGAAAAAAAUUGCUUUCGAACUAUGUGCUUGGCACUCAUCUUGAUCCGAGAGAACCGAAAGUUACAUACAGUGACUUCGUGAACAAAGAACUGAUCUUGUUCUUCAGGGCCCAACUUCAACGGUCAAUUGCCUCAAUGGUUGAUGGGCUCAAGCCCAGUCAGAGAAAGAUACUUUUCUGUGCAUUCAAGAAAAACUUAGUUGAAGAAAUUAAGGUUGCCCAAUUCGUUGGUUAUGUAUCGGAGAAUUCAGCUUAUCAUCAUGGCGAGCAAAAUCUUUCCAGCACUACCAUAGGUAUGGCACAGGACUAUUAUGGGGGCAACAUUAUCAACUUACUUAAACCAAAUGGCCAAUUUGGUACACGAGCUUCGGGUGGAAAAGAUGCAGCUAGUGCAAAAUACAUUUACACUGAACUCUCUCCUGUAACAAGGAUCUUGUUUCCCAAGGAUGAUGAUGUCCUACUUGAUUACUUGAACGAAGAAGGGAUAACUGUAGAACCAAUUUGGUACAUGCCCAUAAUUCCACAUGUACUUGUCAACGGCUCUGAAGGUGUUGGAAGCGGUUGGAAAACAUUCAUACCCAACUACAACCCUAAAGAGAUUGUUGCUAACAUAAGGCGUCGAAUCAACGGUGAACCUGUGGUUCCUAUGGAUCCUUGGUAUAGAGGGUUUAAAGGAACUAUUGAGAAAACUGCGUCCAUAGAAGGUGGUUGUACCUACACAAUCACUGGUCUAUGUGAGGAAGUUGAUGACACAACUAUUAGCAUUACGGAGCUGCCCAUCAGAAGGUGGACUGAUGAUUAUAAACAAUUCUUGUUGUCAUUAAAGACAGAUAAUGGUGCCCCCUUUCUCCAGGACGUCGUCAGGUCAUACAGUGACACUUCAUCUGUGAGUUUUGUCCUUAAAUUGAGUGAAGAGAACAUGCUGGAGGCUCGGGAAGAGGGCUUUCUUGAGAAAUUCAAACUCACCACGACAAUCUCUACAAGUAAUAUGUAUCUCUUUGAUAAAGAAGGUGUUCUACAGAAAUAUGAGUCUCCAGAACAAAUCCUUGAAGCUUUUUUCCAUCUACGGUUAGAAUAUUAUCAGAAGAGAAAGGAUUCUAUGCUUGAGAGUCUGAAACUUGAGGUGCUGAAACUAAAAAACAAAGUGAACUUCAUUCGUGGAGUUGUCAAAGGAGAAAUCAAUCUGGUAGGAAGAGACAAAGCUGAUCAAGUUAUAGAAUUGAAACAGAGAAAGUUUACACCAUUUCCGAGGAAGUUAAUGCCUGGAGAAUCUGAAGAAAGCUCAGGGUCAGAAUAUGACUACUUAUUGAAAAUAGGUUUUGAAUCGUUCAAUGAAAAGACUGCCAAGGAGUUAUUGUCAGACCAUGAUAAAAUAAUUGAAGCAAUAAAGGGCUUGGAAAAUCAGACGCCGAGGGAUCUCUGGCUGAGAGACUUGGACUCUUUUGACAAGGAACUCGAUGAACUUGAUAAGGCCCAACUAGGGAGAGGCGCAGCAAUGGAAACAAUCAGGGCCAGUUCUGGAGCACCAGUAAAGGCUAAAGAACAGGCGCCAAAGGAACCGGUAGCAAAGAAGACCACAAAGAAAGCCAGUGAAUCUGAAACAACAGAGGCUUCCUAUUCAGCAAUGGACACUGAUAACAACGUAGUAGCAGAAGUGGUGAAGCCAAAAGGUAGACAAGGAGGAGCCGAAAAGAAGGCCGUAGCUGCAAAGGAGGAUGAAAUGUUGGAUCUACCGCUUGCUCAAUACAAUUUUGGCUCAGCAGCUGCGGAUUCAAGCAAAGCAACUGAAACAUUGAAAGCAAUUGACGUGGACGAUGAUGAUGAUGACGUGGUAGUUGAGGUAGCUGCACCAGCAAAGAAAGAAGGAAGAAAACCUGCGGCAAGUAAAGAAGAUAAAACCACCAGCAGCUCCGAGGAAAAGGAAGCAGGUUGCGGCAAGUAAAGAUGAUGAGUGAUUAAAGUGAGAACUAACUCGGUUCUUGAUAUGAUUCAGUUUCAAACUUUUUUAGUUUCUCGCUCUUGUCUUCUUUAGAUUUGGUAUUAUUCUAUUGAAACAUGAAAGAACAUAUCUCUCUAACGUUUGCCACAAAAUUCUAGAUUGUUUAAGCGUUUGGUCGUAUAAACAAAUACCCUUCUAUA